CAUUGACAUUUAUUAUGUUCCUCAAAACUAAAAUAUUAAUCGUUUUGCACAACAGAGGUGUAUAAGAAAAUUUAUACACAUAUGUUUCUUUGAUAUUUAUAACGAGUAGAAUCUGUUAAAAAAAUAUCGAACCACAGGAGUCCAGGAAACUCUUUACCCUAAUUACCUAAUUAAUAAACAAAAUUUUAGACACGAUUUAAUUUAAAUAAAAAUCAGAGCAUAUACAAAUUGUGUUCUCGCAAAACAUUGUUUCUUCUUGCUUAUGGCUAUAUAUGUGGUCAAUGCAGAGAAGAAAGCAUUUCCCAGUGUUUUGGGUAUAUACACAAGACGAAUAUAAAUGCGGUCCACUUUAGUGAAGAAUAUUCAGUUCGUUGGCAUCGUUCGCCACUUGUUGUUCUACGCGCUCAGUAUGUUCAAAGUGGCAAUUUAUUUUUCGAUCGUGACUUUUGCCUGGACUUCAUAUGGGACCCAGGCAAAAUCCUUAGAUGCCGACUUGUCUACAGUUCCACAAGACCCGGCAAAUCAACUGAUGGUAAAAAUGCUACCUUUGCUUGAUCAUAUUGCGAGGCAAAGCAAAUGCAAUGUUUUUGAUGAUCUGGACACAACCCUGGAAGUCAAGCAGAAGGACAUCGCGGACAGACUAAUGGCGAUACAAAAUCAGCAGACGGACUUCCAGAAUACCAUUGCAUCGUUACAGGAAUCUUUAAAGAAAGUCCCCUUGGACUUUGAAAGAAUGGAAAAUAAUCAGAAGGAUAUGCUGACGAAGAUGGAGACUCAGCAGGCCAAACUUUUGGACACCGUUUCCGAAAUUUACAACAAAGUUUUUUGGCCAAAGUUUCAGCGAAUCGGUUCCAGACUCUUCUACAUCGAUAGUGAAAGUAAUCAGGAUUGGUUUCAGGCUGGAAAAAAAUGUCGCGAAAUGGGUGGCUAUAUAGCCAGCAUUAAGGACCAAGAGGAAUUGGACGCCAUUGCGGCGAAACUAGGUGACAAACGUUACUGGCUGGGGAUCAACAAUAGGGAUAAUCCUGAAAUCUACGUGUCUGAGGCAUCCGGCAAGAAAAAUCCAUUUUUGAAGUGGCGCCCUAGGGAACCAAACAACGCGAAACAAAAUGAGUACUGCGUUGAACUUGAUAAUGGCGGCAUGAACGAUCAUCCGUGCUCCGAAAGUCGGUAUUUAAUUUGUCAGAGUGAUAAUGAAGUUUAAAAUCUUUUUCUUAGAAACCAUUUAAAUUCAGUGCGAUCAUUUCCUCUGAAAAUUGAUAAAAAAUUUAUAGAUUUGAUUCUGUUAAUUUAUUGAAUGGAAUGGCAU